AAUAGAUUCUCAAGCCACGAACUUGACCGCAGGCAGGAACAGGAGCAGGAGCAGGAGCAGAUCCCCAACCACCGGUUCCAAAUGCGAUUUUGGCCGCUCUUCUUCUCCUUCCCUUGAGGAUGUUAUAGAUAGCGCUGCUCUCUUUUCUUUAGGUAGGAGAAACCCUAAAAAUCCUUUUUUUCUUUUCAUUUUGAUACAGGCAGACCCACAUGAAUGUAGCGUAUCCAUGAUGCUGGUGAGUUUUUAUCCCCUCAACUUGAUCCUUUCUUGGAACCUUGGUGUAUGUCAUGAUUUUUAUUGUUUUCAUAUAGACUGCAAUUUUUUAUUUGGAGUCCUCAAUUACAAGUGAAAUACAUAUUCUUCGUUUCCAACUAUGGAAAACGAGGUGAUCGAAUUCGACAUGGGACUAGGAGGAGGUGGAGAUGAUGCGGUAGCCAUUAUCGAUGAUGAAGAAAUGACUGAUGAUUCUCCCAGUGCUGCCAAUGGCAUUAUGGGAAGCUCUAGUUUCUUCGAUCCUUCUACUUAUGUUCUUCAACGGGACCUGGAUCUUGAGCCGUGUGAGGGCAUGGAAUUCGAGUCUGAAGAGGCUGCCAAGGGUUUCUAUAAUUCCUAUGCUCGCCGUGUCGGGUUCAGCACCCGUGUUAGCUCUUCUCGUAGGUCCAGAAAGGAUGGCGCCAUCAUACAGAGGUCCUUCGUUUGUGCUAAAGAAGGAUUCCGCAACUUAAAUGAGAAACGCACCAAAGAUAGAGAGAUCAAACGCCCACGAACUGUCACCCGUGUAGGUUGCAAGGCAUCAAUGUCGGUGAAGAUUCAAGAUUCAGGCAAGUGGGUCGUCUCAACAUUUGUGAAAGAACAUAAUCAUGAGUUGGUUCCUCCAGACCAGGCAGCUGGAAUGGGACCCCGGAGAAUAAUGUCAGCCUUGAUCAAAGAGUAUGGUGGUAUCAGUAAAGUCGGAUUUACAGAAGUAGAUUGUAGGAAUUACAUGAGGAAUAACCGCCAAAGGAGUUUAGAAGGAGACAUACAACUUCUCCUUGAUUAUCUGAGGCAAAUGCAUGCAGACAAUCCAUCAUUCUUCUAUGCUGUUCAGGGGGAUGAGGAACAAUGUACAGGUAAUGUAUUCUGGGCUGAUACAAAGGCAAGGGCCAACUACACUUACUUUGGGGAUACUGUCACAUUUGACACCACCUACAGAUCAAACAGAUAUCGUUUGCCCUUUGCACCUUUCACUGGGAUCAAUCAUCAUGGCCAGCCUGUUUUGUUUGGCUGUGCUUUUCUCAUAAAUGAAUCGGAAUCCUCAUUCAUAUGGCUAUUUAAGACUUGGGUUUCAGCAAUGUCUGGCCGCCUCCCAGUAUCAAUCACCACAGAUCAUGACACAGUCAUACGAUCAGCCAUUAUGCAAGUUUUUCCUGACAUCCGCCAUCGCUUCUGCAAAUGGCACAUCUUUAAAAAGUGUCAGGAGAAGUUAUCCCAUGUGUUCCUCAAGUACCCCAAUUUUGAAGCAGACUUCCAUAAGUGUGUGAAUUUAACAGACUCAGUUGAUGAAUUUGAAACUUGUUGGUUGUCACUUGUUGAUAAGUAUGAUCUUAGGGAUCAUGAGUGGCUUCAAGCAAUAUACUCGUCACGCAUUCAAUGGGUCCCUGUGUAUUUGCGUGAUACAUUUUUUGCCGAAAUGUCUAUAACACAACGCAGCGAUAGUAUGAACUCUUAUUUUGAUGGAUAUGUAAAUGCAUCAACUACUCUAAAUCAGUUUGUGAAGUUGUAUGAGAAAGCAUUAGAGAGCCGCAAUGAGAAAGAAGUUAAAGCGGAUUAUGACACAAUGAAUACCCUCCCUCUUUUGCGUACUCCUUCUCCCAUGGAAAAACAAGCAUCUGAACUUUACACAAGAAAGAUAUUCAUGAGAUUUCAAGAGGAGUUGGUUGGGACACUUACUCUUAUGGCAUCAAAAGUAGAGGAUGAUGGUGAGGUCACAACAUAUCAAGUAGCAAAAUUUGGAGAGGACAACAAAUCGUACCGUGUCAACUUCAAUGUUCUAGAGAUGAGAGCUACUUGUAGCUGCUGUAUGUUUGAAUUUUCGGGUCUUCUAUGCAGACAUGUAUUGGCGGUCUUUAGAGUGACAAAUGUUCUAACUCUUCCUUCCUGUUACAUUUUAAAGCGAUGGACAAUAAAUGCCAAGAGCAGUGUUAUACUUGAAGAACGAGUUAAUGAUGCAUUUUCUAGUUAUCUGGAGUCGCAUACUGUCAGAUAUAAUACCCUUCGACAUGAGGCUCUUAAAUUUGUAGAAGAAGGGGCCGAGUCUGUUGAUACAUACAAUGUGGCGAUGAGUGCUUUGGAAGAGGCUGCAAGGAGAGUUGCCAUAACAGCAAAAAAUGAAGGAAGAGUUCUUAUGAUUAAUGGGCGUACCAGGGAAGAUGCAAGAAGCAAUGGAACCCUGACCAAAAGGAAUAUCAGCAAUCACCAUGAAAGUUUGGACCAGAAUUUAUCAGAGGAUGAGAUGGACAGAAAGAUUCAAGAACUUAACAAGGAGGUGGAAUGUGCUAAGCGCAAGUGUGAAGUUUAUAGGAGCAACCUGGUUUCAGUUUUAAAAGACAUUGAAGAUCAUAAACAGCAGCUAUCACUUAAAGUUCAGAUCAUAAGGUAUAGCAUGAAAGAUUGUUUGUAAAGGUGAUGGAUGAUUCAACAUAUAUGUAUAGUGGAUUUUCCUUCCCUCCUUUCUAAUGACUGUAAAAAACAAGGUACUGAUAGUUGAGGCUUCCCAUGGUUUUCAUGUUAAUAAUUUUGAAUUUAAUGCUUUU